CUAUAAGUGCAAACGCUCCUCUUAUAAAAGGGCAGACGCAAGCGAUGUAGACUGAGCUAUUUUAACACUUUCACAGCAAAAAUAUGUAUAGAAAUCUGCGUAAAUGGUCAGUCGCAUGAAACAGAAGCUAGUCUAGCCUAUAAGAUGACUUUGAUAUAUUGCCAAAACCAGCUGUAAUUUGACACAGCUGGCAUUUGACAGUUGGAAUAGUCGCGAUCAAAAGGGGCGGGGUAAACGGUUCUGCUCGUUCUUGUGUAGUUAAGCAGCGCUUCAAACCGCAAGUGCGCGAGUAGGCUACAGGUGUAGAUUAGAAGUUUAGUAGGGGGUUACUCGUGAGGCGCCGUGAGAGGUGACAGUUCUUCUGCAGGAGGUUUGUCCUGUCUGGCUUGAAGUUGCAGCGAAACAGCAAGACAACGGUGAAACGGUGAUGGCCUCUUGAAACAAGUUGAACGAGUUUCUCAACAUCAUCAGAUCACAGAGAGCGUGUUAUACCUGUUGUCCCGCUCCUCCAAUCAACCUCUCAGUAUUUCAUUAUGGAGGCCAGGGGAAAAUAUGACUUUAAUGGCACGGCAGAAGAUGAGCUCAGCUUCCGGAAAGGAGACAUUUUGAAGAUCCUGGGAUCUCAAGACGACUGGUUUAAGGCAGAGCUGCAUGGUCACGAAGGCUUUGUACCUAAAAACUACAUUGACAGGCAAACACCAAGCUGGUUCAAGGAGAACGCCAGUCGUGGUACAUCUGAAGAGAUGCUCAUGUCUCGAGAGGUGGGGGCUUUCCUGAUCCGUGGCAGCCAGAGUUCCCCUGGAGACUUCUCCAUCUCAGUCAAACACGAGCAUGAUGUACAGCAUUUUAAAGUUAUGAAGGAUAAUAAGGGCCAUUACUACCUGUGGACAGAGAGGUUUACCUCCCUUAACAAGCUGGUGGAAUACUACAAGACCUCAUCUAUAUCCAAGCAGAGGGAGAUCUUCUUGAGUGAUGAAAGCAGUGAUGAGCCAAGAGCACUUCAACCAUUAAAGAGUAAACCAGAGGUUCGGCCUCCCCCAGUUGGAGGUUAUGGUGGUCCCCAAAGCACCACACAACACAUCACGACUCACAACCAGAAGAGUAAGAGGGGAAGUGUUGAGGAGAAAGCUAACACUGUGGGUCACACAGGGAGGAACAGCCCAGUCCCUCUGAGAACCUCUGCAACUUUGCCUGCUCCGAUGUCAACCAUACAGGUGAGAGCAAUACAUGACUUCACAGCAGAGGAAGACGAUGAGUUGGGCUUCAAUGUCGGUGACAUCAUAGAAGUACUGGACUGCUCAGACACAUCAUGGUGGAAAGGACGAUUGUGCGGCAGGACUGGUCUUUUUCCUGCAAAUUUCACAGAUCAGAUCUAAUAUGUUACUACUGCUCAGAGGUGCAAACCCACUGUAGGAAGAGUCAAAAUCAUCAUUCUCCCACCAACUGCCUGUCUAUAAUAUAUGGAAUUGACAAUAUAUUCAAUAAUGUCAGUUUUACAAAGCUGGCUCAGGACAUCUGUUCCAAGAUAACUGAGGGAAAAAAAUAAUUACUUAUGAAGGACGUAUUUUAUUUCAGAAAUAAGGUAUGAAAAAUUACUAGAUUAGAUGUCAAAUUCCACAAAUGAUUAGACUGUUACCCUUGAUAUGAAUUAUACAUUGUUUUCUGAUACAUUGACCCUUUUAUCUCCUUGGCCAUGUCAAAAAUGUCAUGUUGUGAGUUUACAAUUUUCCUCAUCAUAAACUGUCAAGUUAAAAAGAACUUAAAGUUUCAAAAACGUAUAUUGAGACAACUGCAUUCUGUUUUGUUCGUUUCGCUGUGUAUAGAUAGAUUUUUGAGCAAGUGUCAAAAAGAUUCAACAUUCUGAACAAGUUAUGAAUGCAAAGAGGGGAAUGUUACAUUGUUUCACAUUAUUUCAGAUUGUUCUGCACAGUUUCAGCACAUGAUAAACGGUAGGGAAAUGUUUUUUCCACUUCUUUAGUGAAAUGAGGGGCUUCCGUACCUUUUUAAAACUGUGUAUGUUUACUGUUACGAAUGUUGCUCACAUAAAAUACAGCAUACUGCAACAGUACUUGCUAGGAGAAAUAUAUAAAGGGAGUAAGCUAUUUUGGGUUUGGGCCUGACACUACCGUUGGGCCGGUUAGGGUCGGGCCACAUGGUUUCGGGUACGGGUCAGGUUCCAGUUUCAUUUUAAGGCUCAUGCAGUCCUCAUAUGCACUAUAUAAAGCAAUCAAAAAGCAAAUUUUCGACAACUCAUGUUAAUUGGAGUUUGUUUGACUACUAAUCUUUUUUCCCUUCCAUGGAACAAUCCAAAAACCCUUUAAACAACUGUAAAGCUCGUUAAAGGGAAGUUUGUUUGCUAGACAUAUGUCUAUCCCUCACAGCGUCCUUGUUAUUCCUGGUCUCAGAACUGGUCGAAAAUCAAAGAUGGUGCUGCUGUGAACAAGGGCUGCAUCCGAAACCAAAAUGUUGCCUCCAGAGGUAGGAUGAAAAUAAGGUGCUUUUCAAACUGUUCUGAGACCAGUUUCCAUUAAUCAAAAACGCUGUAGGCUGAGCCACUAACUGACACACGUGUAGGAGACUAGAUAGGGCAUGUCAGUUCAAUAACAACCUGUGUGUCGUCUGACUUAUUAUUGAAAAAAAAAAACACAAUAUUACAAUGACAAGGCAGCAAGUCAGCUGCCUAUAUUUUUGGAUGCAGCCAAUAAGUCUGACCCUUUUAGCCUUCCAUAAAAGACGUCUGUCAAGCGCAGGUUGGGCGCAAAAACGCGUUCGGUGUAAACGGCCCCUUAUAGCUCCAAGCAAACCUGUUAUUGUAUGAAUUUUAUUAAUUUUUGUAUUAAAAACCUAAAUUAUAUAUAUUAUAAAAUGGUAGGUUUUUAAAACAGCACAGGCAGGAGGUAUGAUGUUGUGUUGAUACGCAGGAUGGUACAUAGGCCUACGUCAAAUGUGAUAUCAGUAGGCUAGUAGUGAAAAGGACUUGAAUAAACAUUCUCUUUCUGCUUUUAAAUAU